GGAAGAACGAGAAGCUCCCAGAAAAUUACACAACCUUCACUCUCCAAUUGCCACCUAUGUUAUAAAUAACAGACUUGUUCAAUAGUGGAGAACUAGCUAGCAUCUUCGGCAGACUGAACCUUGCAAAUAGCCUCAACUUGAGAGCAAUAAUGGCUGACGAAGUGGUUCUACUAGAUUUCUGGCCAAGCCCAUUCGGCAUGAGGGUCAGAAUAGCUUUGGCGGAAAAGGGGAUCCACUAUGAGGGUAGAGAAGAAGACUUGAGCAACAAGAGUCCCCUUUUGCUGAAGAUGAACCCUGUCAACAAGCAAAUCCCUGUUUUGAUUCACAACGGAAGACCAAUCUCCGAAUCACUCAUCAUUGUUCAGUACAUUGAUGAGGUUUGGAGCAAUAACAAGUCCCCUUUGUUGCCCUCUGAUCCUUACCAGCGAGCCAAUGCAAGGUUUUGGGCUGAUUAUAUAGACAAAAAGAUUUACUCAACGGGGAGAUUGGUGUGGGGAACGACAGGGGAGGUUCAAGAGAAAGCAAAGAAGGAGUUGAGGGAGAGCUUUAGGGUGCUUGAGAAAGAGUUAGCGGAGAAGACUUAUUUUGGGGGAGACAUGUUUGGUUUGGUUGAUGUGGCUCUCAUUCCCUUCUACAGCUGGUUCUAUACUCUUGAGACCACUGCCAACUUCAGCAUCACUGAGGAAUUUCCCAGGCUUGUGUCUUGGGCCAAGCGCUGCAUGCAGAGGGACAGCGUUUCCAACUCCGUUCCUGAUCAGUACAAAAUUUAUGACUUCCUUUUGGACCUUAAGAACAAGAUGCACUCAAUUCAAUGAUCACCAUCCAUACAUUCAUUACUGUAAAAUAUGCAUCAGCCAUAAAU